GACAACGUCUGUGUACACACACGAAGCGAACAAGCACAAAAAGCCGACAAAACGCUUUACGAGACGGUGUUUUAAGAGUGUGUUAGUGUAUUCUGUGUAUGUGUUGAAGUGCGUAAGCAACAAAGACCGGUAACAACAAAGACAGGAAGCAACAACAAGGAAGUCGAAAGAAGUGCAACGAUGACCACACCUCACGUCUGCUUUGCGGACGAACUGCAGCCGGAGGAACGCAAUGGCAAUGCGAAUCACGGCAACAAUAACAACAGCAGCAGCAACACAACAACAACCAAGAAAUGGCUGCUCGAAUUGGAGCCAAGUUCGAACUCAGGCAGAUCAACGCAUUCGCCUUGCAGCAGCCAGAGCAUCUCACCAACGCCACGCUAUGAGCGUAACAUGGGCUUCUUUCAGCAACUGAGCCGACGCUUUGGCCUCCGGUCAAUCGAUGACCUAGUUCAGGGCAGCGGCAGCGGCAGCGAUGACGCAGCAGCCACCGCCAGCAACGUCAGUUGCAGCGCCGCCCACGAGGAGGAUGCAAACAGUUCAUCGACCGAUUCGUACUCAUCGUCGAUGGCAGCGGGUCGAACGAUGGCGCGCAUCGAUGGUGUGAUGUCGUGUGCCUCGAGCGAAACCAGCAGCACCAUUGACAUCGAGGAGCAGCAGCAGUUGCAACUACAACAACAGCAACAGCAGCCAGCUAAAUCGAAACGCAAAUCGAUGAGCCGCACGAGCUUCUCACGAUUGCAUCGCCGGUCGACUUCGUCGUUGCGACGCGCCUUUGAGAGCCUCUCGCUGACAUCACGUUCGCUUUCCUGCAGCGGCCCCUCGCCACCGCCACCGCCACAGCCAUCACAGCAGCAGCAGCAGCCAUCCACCACGACAGCGUUGCCAUUGAAGUCGGCGUUGAAAUCGGCAUCAAACGUGGAGCUGCAUCAACGACAUCAACCGCAUCACCAUCGAUUGGCCUCCAAAUCGGUGAGCAGCUCCAGCGCCUGCUCCACAGCCUCAUCGACGACCUCCAACACAGCAACAGCAACAGCAACGGCAACUGCAACGAGCACAAAGAGCAAAUCGAAGCCGCCGCCACAACGCAUUCUGCGUCAGCCCGUCUCCUACACAUAUCUAAAGGGCAUGUCCGGCCUUCCCACACAGCGAGUGCCUCGCAGUUCGGUUUGUUGUCAGUACGCUCGUCGCUAGAUUCGCCUCCACUUCCCCUUUGAUAAGUAGCCGCAGUUUGAUAUAUAGUUCAGCUAGAUAAUAUAGAGAUAGCUUUUGCCAAACCCAAAAAAAACCUUCCCCCCAUUUACAUCACAUUAUUCAUUUCGAAAUCUGUGAUACAAUAAUCUUUUUCAUAUCCACGCAACAAAUAGAAAAGAAAAUCACAAGAACAAAAACUCAUUUUGAAAAUGUAGAACAAAAUUGUUAAGACUUAAGCACCUAGAGUUAAACCAUAUAAUAAUAAUUAUAAUUAUAAUACUUAUAUAUUCCAACACAUCGCUUUUCGGUUCAGCAUCCAUAAGAAGAAAAAAAAAACAAAAAACAAAGACUGUAAGCAGAUCAGAAAUUUUGUAUUCGAAAACAAAAACACAAUUGGAAAGUUUUACAAAAUAAUAAUUCUAAUAUUGUACAUUCGUGCCUUUAUCCCAUAAACCCAAAAUUUUGCAUCUAAUAUUUGUAUUCAAUUCACUUAGGAACACUCGUUCCAACAACUUAGUAUGUACUCACUUAAUUUGCUGUAAUGGGAUCAAAAAUAAACAAUUCGUAAGUUAGUUUAAGUCUUUCAGCUAUGUUUUAGUUCAUCGCACAGCACUUUAAAGUAAAAUUGAAAUUCCCCAAGAGAAAACUGAUUAGUAAAGUUAAAUAUAUACAGCAAAAACAUAUACAACAAUGCAAACCAAUAAUUAAAUAACAGAAUAGUGUCUCAAUAAUCUAUAUCGAAAGUGGCAAAUAAGCAAUACAAUUGAUGAUUAUACUCGUAUACAGCAUAUAUUAACAUAUAAUAUUAUAUAUACAUGCAUAUAUAAUAUACUUAUAUAUUUAAUCGUAAGUUAACUAUUUACCAAUACUCAGAUUACGAGGAAUUUCUCACAACAACAACAACAACAACUCACAGAAGCCAGUUCAAUAAAUGAAAUA